AUGGCCACUCCUUCCUCGUCGUCUCCCCUCACCACUCUGCCCUCUUACGACGACCCCUCUGCUGCAGCCCGCGUAGAAGUCGUCAAUGAUGAGGCAGGACCCAGUGUUCUCCCUACUGCCCCUCUAGAGGAGCUCAGGGAACCUACAUCAGACGAAGCGGGUCCCGCCAAUGUCGGGCCAGACUCUUUCUUCGCCCAGAGCGAGCACGAACCCACCUCACUCACAGAUACAGGUACGACAGUAGCAGCAGCAGCAGCCUCGCAUCCUUAUCCCUCCCGGCAAGAAGAUGACGCAGGCGAUCCCCCUCUUUCUUCUGAUCCUCAAUCGUCGAUUCCAGCCGAGGGGGAAGAAACUUACCGGCCAGCUACAAGUCCGCGCCCUCCUUCUCCCCUUCCCUCUUUGGAUACGUCACAAGCGCAAGCUUCUUCCUCUAAUCAGCAAAUAGGACCAUCAUCUACUGAUCCCAUAAGGACGCCCUUGCCGCCAGAUGCUGAACCUCCUCAAGAGCCUCAACCACCACAUGCCGAACUGUCAGAGGGCACGGACGAUGCUCCGGCAGUGGAAGGGCAACAGAGUACAGCGUCGCAACUACCCGAGGUGGAUGCGGCUGAAGCAGAUGCUCCGACGAUGGUCUCUGAUCAGAUGGAAAAAAAGGAAGUCACGAACAUACCAGAGAGGGAAGGUGGUCUACCGGCAGCGGAUCCUUUGCUCGAGUCUGGGACAACGCAGGAGCCCAGCAUGGAGCCUGCAGCAGCGGACGUUCAGGCUUCAACACAACUACAAAGUAGCAGCGAAACAGCGCCCGAGAUCAUCCCAGCCGAUUCGACUAGCGAGGUUGCAGCUGUUGUUGCAGGCGGAAGCGAAGAUAAUCACGGCGGUGAGGAAGCGGCGCAAGAUGUAACAACUGAAGAACUUGCGAGUAGCGCAGAAGAUCAGCAAAGCCUUCCGAACCUAUCAGAGGCGACUCUUGCAACACAAGAGGUAACCUUGCCGGCAUCUGAAGCCGGUGAGUCAGCAGCUGUAGAGGUUGAUCAACAAGCAACUUCGGAUGCAGUGGAGCCAUCAGUGAUAGAGACAGAUGCAGAGCGGCAGAUCGCCCCGCCCUCGGUCUCUGCAGCGGAGGAUCUACCACUGCUGGAGAGCAAUGCGACAGAGGAGGCGUCCGGCCACGCAGCGGCCACCGCGGAUGCUACGGCCGUAGAACCUACCGCAUCGUCUCAAUCACUGCCAGAAGCAGGCCAAGAUUCCAAGGCAUCUGUUACCGUCGAGCCUGUGACUGAGGCCGUCCCUACAGAAGCCACAGCUCAAUUUGCUUCGCAGGCAGCAGAUGAAGAAGCCACAGCCGCAAUCCCUGCAAUUUCUGAAGACUCGGCUGCUGCCGCUGCCGCCUUACCAUCGACAAUAUCCGGUACAAGCGAUGGGUCGGUGAAGCCGAGCGAGGACGUCAGAGCGGCGGUGACAUCAGAGUCGAGCCAGACAAAGACAGCUCAAGGAGGAGGUGAAUCGACAGAUUCCACAGAACCGACCAAGCAGGCUGCCGAAUCGCAAUCCGCUGCCACGCAGAAGGAAGCACCGACUUCGUCCGAAAACAAGACCCCCUCGAAAGAGGAAGCUCGCGUUUCCCUAGUGCUUUCCGUCAAUCAAGAGCUCAUCAGGCUUUGCGUUGAUCUACAGGACAAGAGCGCUUCUGCCUCUGCCCCGCCCGAGACGAUGCUCCGUGAUAUCUCACAUCGCCUGCAGACCAAUCUGGCUUUCCUCGCCAGCAUGGCGGACAAGGGGCGCAAGGCAAAUGCUGAGACGGUCAACUUGGCUAUCCCGCGGCUUGACAUGUUCCCUCAUGCCUCCUACCGGAGUGAUCUAGAGAAGCUCUCGCCGAAUUCAACUCUACCGAAGCUGUAUACCCAGAUGGCUCAAGCCUUUGCGGGCCUGACUCGGCCCGUUGCGCCCGGCUUCGGGGGAGGACCACCGUCUGCCGCUGCUGGCUCUACUGCGAACUCACCCGGCCCGGAGCGCAAGCGCAGCCGCGAUGAGAGCAUUGAAGGUGCACGCAAGAAGCCCGCGCUACCCAAUGGGCAUCAUCUCCCGAGGAGCAGUGCGUCUCCUGCCCCCAAUGCUGGUGUAGGGUUUGCCAAUCCCUUCGCUAAUGGUACUCCGCCUUUGGCCACACCGCCUAUCAGGGGCAGUCCGGGGUCAGUUGGCUCAAUGUCUCACCCUCAACAGUCUGCAAUUGCGACACCUGCUCGCCAGUCUAACGCUGAGCAACAACCUGCCGUCUCUCCCAGCAACCAGCUCCCUCCGGGAAUGUCACCACAACAAGCUCAAGUGCUGAUGCAAGCCUUUGGGCCUACUGCCCUGAGCACCUUCUCCUUUCUGCAGAGCUACCUCAGGAGCCCGCAAUGCAAGCCGCAAUUCGCUGCUCUACCACUUGCGGUCCAGAUGCAACAAAUUGCGGGGCUUGCUGCACAACAGAAGCAGCGGCUCGCAAUGGCUGCUUCACAGCAGCAGCAGCAGCAGCAGCAACAGCCGCCAAAUCAGCAGCUCACCGACUCGCCCAUUGGACAACAGCAGAUGCAGCACAACGCUCCUGGUACCACACCUUUUGGAGAUUCUCGUCGGCAAGCUCCAUUCCAUGCCUCGUCAGCUUCUCCUUCGCAGAGUCACGCUCGCGCCUCGCCUGGAGGAGGCUUCAUGCCACCCCCGCCACAUCCUCAAAGUAUGGGCAUGCCUAACGGGAUUGGUCAUCAUCCUGGUCAAGCUCAGGCACAGGCGCAAGCGCAAAGACAAGCCUCGGCAGAUUUGGGGAGGAGCUCGCCAGCUUCGAUGGGACGCGGUGGUGGGGGUGGAGGUGGGGGAACAAAUGCCUCUAGCCCAGCUUCCAUGCUGCGACAGUCAUUCGGAGCCGGAGGAGCGCAGACCCCACCACCGCCCGCGACUGGUCACACUCAUGUCUUCAACCCUUUUGCAGCCACUGGUCAUUCUGACGGACAAGGGGCUGGAGGUCAUGCGGGCAGCAUGGCUGGCUCGAUGCUACCGCCCAAUGGUGGCAUGAGCUACAAUGGUGGAGCUGGUGGGCCGAACUUGAACACCAAUGCCGCAAUGAUGAUGGCAAUGGCCCAGCAGCAGCAGCAGCAAGGCAUGCCCGGGUACCCGGGAGGCAUGAACCCGCAAGCUUUUCUCGCACAACAGCAGCAGCAGGGACGUCAAGCUCCCCCCGGCCAAAACGGGCAGGGAGGAAGCGAAGGUCUCUCCACCUACCAGCAACUGGCGCAAUUCCUCAGCCAAUCACAGCAGCACCAACAAGCAGCCAUGACUCAACAUCACCUCGGUGCAAAUGCCAUGGGACCUCCGGGUGGCAAUACUCCGGGUGGCGGCGCGGGCGGUUAUGCUGCCCUGAAUGGAGGCAGUGCCGGCCUUGGUUCCGGUAUGGGAAUAAAUGGCUCUGCCUCGGCUGGCUUCGACUCGCUACCGCCUCAUAUGCAGCAGUUCCUCGCUCAGCAACAGCAGAUGCAGCAGCAGCAGCAGCAACAACAACACAGUGGCACUGCAAACGGCAAUGGCAACGGGGGUAUUGGCGCAGGCGGCGCUGGUGGUGGUGUGAACAAUUGGUCUGGAGCCAAUGCCAGUGCCAACCCAGCUGCUUUAAUGCAGAGCCAAGAGAAUCCACAGGGCUACUACCCAAAUGGCACCUCCUUUGAUCCCUCAAGCAUGCUUUCUGGCGGACAACAACAGCAGCAGCAGCAGCAAUAUGGCGGCGGUGGCGGUAGUGGAGGCGCAGGUGGGAUCAAUCCACAGGCAUUGAGCGGGGCAAUGAGAGGUGGACAGGGACAGGCAUGGUCCCAACAGACGCUUUGGGGCGAUGGAGGAGCAGCGGCGGGGAGUAGUGGAAAUGGAGGAGGUUGA